AUGGCGGCGCCGCUGCGGCUGGGUCGCGGCGUGGGUCCGCUUUGGCGGGCGCUGCAGCCACCGCUCCGCCGGCCACCGCCUCGGAGAGCCGGCUCCAGCGGCGCCAGGAGCCGCCUGUACGAAUACGCCCGGGAAGGCUGGGCGUCGUGGCCGCGGCUGGACGUGGCGGGGCUGAGCGAGCGAGACCUGGAGGUGCGCAAAGGGCCUCUCAAGGCGCCGGACCUGCAUGAGAUCGUUACUGCUUGGGAGAGACUGAAUCAGGUUCAAGAGGAGAUUGCAAAACUCACUGCAGAAAAAAAGAGAGUGAGGACAGAAGUGUACAAUUUUAUGCAAAACCAUGAUGAGAGUACUUUACAGACGCUGCCUGUUUACAAUGCCUUGUUGAAAGAGGGGAGGGAAAUCCGUUUUUGCCUUAAUACCUUGCGCCAGGAGGAGGUUGAGUUGCAAGAAAAAUACUAUCUGCAUGCCCUAAAGCUGCCCAACAGGGUUCACCCUGAUGUGCAAUUUGGAGAUGAGAUUGAACCCAGGAUAGUGGAGAUCAUUGGCGAAAAACCAGAAUUUGAUUUCAGGGUAAAAGGACACCUGGAAAUUGGAGAAAACCUGGAUAUUAUAAGGCAAAGACGCUUAGCACAUAUUUCUGGUUUACGAUCCUACUACCUUCGCGGGGCAGGUGCUCUGCUUGAGCGAGCCCUGGUCCAGUUCACUUUCUCCAAGCUGAUCCAAAAGGGUUUUAUUCCUAUGACCGUCCCAGAUAUGGUUAAAGGAGCUGUUUUUGAAGGCUGUGGCAUGUUACCUGAAGUCCACUCCUCCCUGGUAUAUAGGAUAGACCCUUCCCGGUUUGAGGAUCUGAACUUGGCAGGAACAUCCGAGGUUGGCAUUGCAGGUUAUUUUGCAGACCACGCUGUAGCUUUGAAGGAUAUGCCUGUCAGGAUAGCGUGUUCCAGCACCUGCUACCGAGCCGAAACCGAGACCGGCAAAGAGCCGUGGGGUCUCUAUCGGGUGCACCAGUUCACCAAGGUGGAAAUGUUUGGCGUCACCGCCAAUGAGACGGGUCUCGAAAGCAGCGCCUUGAUGGAGGAAUUCCUCGCCCUGCAGAAAGAGAUUCUCCUGGAGCUGGGAUUGCACUUCAAAGUUCUGGAUAUGCCCCCGCAAGAAUUGGGCCUGUCUGCCUUCAGGAAAUUUGACAUUGAGGCCUGGAUGCCCGGCCGGAACCAGUAUGGAGAGAUCUCCAGCCUCUCAAAUUGCACCGAUUUCCAGUCGCGGAGGUUGAACAUCAUGUACUACGACGAGAAGCAGCAGCUCAGCUUUGCACAUACCGUGAACGGAACUGCUUGUGCAGUUCCACGGAUGCUCAUUGCCAUUCUGGAAUCCAAUCAGCUCAAGGAUGGCAGCGUUCGAAUCCCGACAGUCCUGCAGCCCCUGAUGGGCGCUGAGGUCAUCCACAAACCCAGCCACGCCCUGUUAAAAUACAUCGGUCCCAACCAGGCCAAGAAAGGGAAGAAACCAGUCGCGGAGAAGCCCUGGAAAACUUAGAAAGGAGCAAGGUACCCUCCGUUAGGGGCUGGAAUACCGCCGUGAAACGGGGCAGCCCCUCCUGAACAGCCAACGUACCACUUCUAUCUCGGACCGGCAGCUGGAGAGGGCUCCAAUGUGGCGCGUGGCAUUGACUUCCCCUGCAGAAGUCACAAAUGGAGAAAGAAGUUUACUUGCACGUAUAUAUUUCGGGGUGGUGCCUUUCAGGGUGCCAUCAGGCUGUAGAGGUGAUCCCUUUUCCUCCUGUCUGGCAUCUUCCAGAGAUGAUCCACCAACCCAACCAGCAGGGCCUCUUUCCAAUCGAGCUGUCUCUUCAAGGAGUCGUCUUUCCUACCCAAGAGGGGCUUCGGUACCCUUUGGCCAGGUCUCCCCCUGAAGCAUUUUCGAGACUGGGGGGGUCCCUGCUUGGUUAUUUCAGGCUCUAGUUUCUUCCUCUGGAAUCCUGCACCCUUCUAAUGUUCAGUCCUUCAUUCUUUCCAUUGUCAGGAUUCCAGCAAUCGCCCUAAUUAAGUCAUGAUCCUCGAGCCAAACUUCAAAAAAUCUGCAAAGGAUUUAUUGGAGGCGACAUACUGGCACUGCCCUGUGUGAAGCCAACUCUGGGGUUUUUUUCUCCUUCCACUUCUGGGCAAAUACCAUUCUUGCCGCAGUGAUGACAUGUAUGAUCAAAUACAACUCUCCCUUAUGAUGUUUUUUUUUUAAUAUAAUUCCCAAUUAAAAAACAUUCUGGUCUGUGAUCUAUUUUAAAUCCCAUCAUUUCUUCCAGUCCCUUCCCAAUCCUGUGCCAACAUUC